AAUGAUUUAAUUGUAAAUUCAAAAUGGCCAACAAUUUCGACAGUUGAUAAAUUAUUACUUCAACAAAGCAGUUUUGUUAAUAAUGCCAUUAAAGAAUUUCGUCAACGUAGAGAUGCAAAACUUAAUCCGAAAAAGAAAGACCCAAAGAAAGCAUUACUUCCGCCCAAAGCUGCAACUAUAUAUUUUACAAAGAAAUAUCCAGAAUGGAAGGAGAAGGCAAUUAAUUUAAUGAGAAAACUUUAUGAGUCAAAUAACUCAACAUUGCCAGACAAUCGUGAAAUUAUGGAGCUUUUAAAUACAACACAAUUACCUGAAAAGAAAGAAGUAAUGCCUUUUGUUCAAUUUGUUCGUGAACGUGUUGCCCAAAAUGGAAGCGCUGCUUUAAGUGUAGAUGAAGAUUUUGAUCAAAAAGAUGUUUUAGAACAAAUUAGAGACUAUUUAUUGUGUACACUACAAUUGGAAAAACUUGAUAUUGUUGAUAUUGCUAAUGCAACAGAUAAUGCUAAAGAAGUUGUUGAAGUUAUUAAAUCAUGCUCGCCUGGUUCUCCUUUAAUUAUCUACAAUUUUGAAAUGAAGUAA